AAAGUUUGCUUCAAAACAUGCAAAAUCUUAUUUCUCACUCUUAAUACCAAACUAAAAUUGAUUUGAUUAAUCAAUAAAAAAACCCUUAAUCUCCUUUUCACAAGUGGUUCAAAAAGCUCACACCCAAUAUUCAUCCACCUAAAAGAAAGAAAAUAAAAAAAGGUAGGAGAAGAAAAGAAGAGACUAAAUCAAACUCAUGCAAUAAAAUCUCUCCCAAAAAAUCACAAGUUUCAUAGGAACAACACACGAGAAAUUCUCCUGUAACUUUUAAAACCUCCAUAAAUUUUGCUGCUUUUUUGUUUUCUCUCUCCUCAAAAACGGGUAACUCAGUAUCAUCCCGGAUUUGCAUCCGGAAACCCAAAAUGUCUUCUUCUCCAAAUCCCAUUUCAGUUCCAGUUUCAUCUUCUUCUUCUCCUUCUAAAUGUAUUGAUUUUCCAGAAAAUUCCCCACAUUUUUCUCUCUCCUCUGACCAGUUCAACUACUGUUCUCGUGCUCUUCAGUCUCUCAAGCAAAAAUUAGAAAACCCUCAACUCAUUCGACGCGAGUUCGAUUCUCUGCAGGAAAAAAGAAUCAAAUCAUCCGACAUGAUGAGACUUUGUACGGUGGCUCUUGAUCCUGUAAAUUUGAACAAAAAUCGCUAUACUGAUGUCAUACCAUUUGACAGCACCAGAGUUGUUUUGAUCUCAUGUAAGGACUAUAGACCAUCAGCCAAGGGUUACAUUAAUGCAAGCAUUAUAAAAGCUCCUGCACAAAAUGCUGCUCAGUUUAUAGCCACACAAGGUCCAUUGUCGCAUACAUUUGAAGAUUUCUGGGAAAUGGUGUUGCAGAAUCGUUGCCCUGCGAUUGUGAUGCUAACACGGCUAGUUGACAAUUACAAGACAUUGAAAUGCGGUGAUUAUUUUCAAGCCGAGGAUGGACCUCGGGAAUUUGGCGACAUAUCUAUUGUCACGAAAUGGAUAAAGACGACCGGGAGCUCUUUAGUAUUGCGCCAUCUGGAAGUUACUAAGGCAGAGUCAGAAGAAGCACCACUGUCUGUUUUGCAUAUUCAGUAUCCUGAGUGGCCAGAUCAUGGUGUUCCCAAGAACUCAUUAGCUGUUCGAGAGAUUGUGAGCAGAACUUAUCAUCUGCCACCUGGUGUAGGCCCUAUAGUGGUGCACUGCAGUGCUGGAAUUGGUCGUACGGGAACAUACUGCACCAUUCACGACUCAAUCCAAAGAAUUCUUGCAGGAGAUAUGUCUGCGUUAGAUUUUGCAAAUACUGUUCAGGUUUUUAGAUCUCAGAGAGUUGGAAUGGUUCAAACACUGGAUCAAUACUACUUCUGCUACAAGACUGUUGUUGAUGAACUGGAGGAACUCAUAUCAAGAUACAAUCCUGAGAAAAGUGCUUGAUCCUAGGAUUGAGUGCUUGAUGGCAUAUAUCCAGAUUUUGCAGACUGGUUCAGGCCUCAGGGCCCAGGGGUAGAAGAAGAGCAGUAACUUUUCGAGGUACUCGGAUAUUCACGGAGGGAUGAUUGGUGAAUGAUCGAUGUAAAACUUACUGCUGAUAUUAGCAGAUGUUCUUCGUGUCUCUGCUUCUUUUCUUUCUUUUAUUUUUUUCCGGGGUACCAGCCUCAGAAAACUAGAUUUUACUUCGCAUUUACUAAUGAAAAAUUCAUUUGUACAUGUAUCAUAUUGACAUUUUAAAGUUUAGCUUUAUUAUCUCAAGUAUCAUUGCUGCA